AGCUCGGGGGCUUCUCCGCUGCCGGGAUGCGCCGGGCGGCCCUCAGGGAUCGAGGAUUCCUAGAUGAAGUUAUGAAGAAAUAUGGCAGUUUAGUUCCACUCUGUGAAAAAGAUGUCAUGGGAAAAUUGAAGGAAGCCUUUAACGAAGAUUUUUCCCAUAGAAAGCCUUUUAUCACCAAGGAAAUCAUGAACUAUCGAGCAAAGCAUCCAAAAUCUUCCACUUGCAAUUUCCGGGUCUUCUAUAAUAAGCACAUGCUAGAUAUGGAUGAUUUGGCUACACUGGAUGGUCAGAACUGGCUAAAUGACCAGAUUAUUAACAUGUAUGGCGAGCUCAUAAUGGAUGCAGUCCCAGACAAGGUUCAUUUCUUUAACAGCUUUUUUCAUAGGCAGCUGGUAACCAAAGGAUAUAACGGAGUAAAACGAUGGACUAAAAAGGUGGAUUUGUUCAAAAAGACCCUCUUGCUCAUUCCGAUUCAUCUGGAAGUCCACUGGUCCCUCAUUACAGUGAACAUCCCCAAUCGAAUUAUUUCAUUUUAUGAUUCCCAAGGCAUUCAUUUUAAAUUUUGUGUAGAGAACAUACGAAAGUAUUUACUAACUGAAGCAAAGGAGAAGAAUCAUCCCGAGUUUCUUCAGGGUUGGCAGACUGCUGUUACAAAGUGCAUUCCACAACAGAAAAACGACAGUGACUGUGGGGUUUUCGUGCUCCAGUACUGCAAGUGCCUCGCCUUAGACCAGCCUUUUCAGUUCUCCCAGGAAGAUAUGCCCCGAGUAAGAAAGAGGAUUUACAAGGAGCUGUGUGAUCGCCAGUUAAUAGAAUAAUAAAACUAAAGUCAAGCUAUUCCUCUGGCAUUUCUGAAGAGCUCCAGCUGGUGUUUGUGUACUUGAAUUUCUGAAAACUUCCGUGAAUUUCAAACAAGUCUCAGCUGAGUGGUGUGGCCACUAUUGUUACCUCAACUUUUUCUGACAUGCUCUUUAACUGGCAGAACUUAAGAGAGCUGCCACAAAAUAUUCCUAAUGUCAGUUCGAUUCUCUUUUAUGUUCUUUCCUGUAUUUAAUAUUUAUUAUCUAAGCAUGCGUAUAGGCAGAGCAUGCGACUAAAAAAAAAAAAGUAUAAAACUGUAGAUUUGGUGCACCUUUGAAAUGUAGCUAGAAAUGACAGAAUACAGGUUAAAAAAUUGUCUGAAAACAUAAAGAUGCAUGAUCUGUUUUUCUGAUGCAAUAAUGCUUUGAAUGUAUCAAGAAAAAAAAGACUCGAUGCCAUAAAAAGAGCAGCUAGAACCUUUUGAAAUCUCAAAUUCCACUUUUUCUCAUUGUGGCUGUGUAGUACUGAAUUCCCACCUUUAUUUUAUUUUUAGGCAGGUUAAAUUUGCCGAUGAACUUGAUUUGUGGAAGACCCCCCCCCCCACUUUCUUUAUUAGCGACUACUUAAAAAAAAAAAAAAAAAAAGAGGUUUGUUCUGUUAACAUUUAUCUAGCUGUCAUGACCACCUUAUUCCUAUGGUUGGAAAGCAGCCUUUGCACAAAUGAGACUUCAGCACUUGACUGUAUAAUAAAAAGUGUGAAGAUGUUCAGCCAAUCAGAUUGAUACUAUUUUCAUAUACUUGAGAGCCGUGUGUGCGCGUUCGUGGCUAUGGUAGGGAGACUUAUGAAGCUGAUGCUGAAGAGUCGCAGCUGGUUUUAGCCAAAGCCAGGUUAUCUUGGUAACUAAGUACUUGAAUCUUAACCGGCUGUUUCCGAGUCUCUCUGAAAAACAGCCGAUUUAUGCACAUCUCAGUUUAAUCUUUCACUUCUGCCUGCAUGCUAGAACUGAGUUCCCUUUUCACUUGUACUGUUUAUUCAAAUUCCUUUCCCCUUCGUUGCAUUCCCUAUCAAAGAAAACAGUCACUCCUCGUCAGAGCACAUCUCAAAUCUUGAUGACUUCUUGUUUUUUAUUCUGGUAGCAGUUGCAAACCAAGGUCUCGAUGUGCUAAGCACUAAGUCAGUGGUUCUCAACCUUUUUAGAUUCAAGCUCACCCUUCUUAGCUCCCCCGUGCAAACUCUUCAUUUCUGCUUGGUUUUAGACCACUGGAAAAAAAGAAUACAGUAAUUCCUGUGUUGCGGAGCUCUGAAAGACCACAACAGGUCAGCAUGUUUCAGACCCGGCGCAUUCUCAUUCCCUGGGUUGAUCUUGUAAAUCAUGUAUAGGUGUUUGCACACACAACUGUGCGGCCCCCCUGGCACCCUUAAAAGGAUCCCCUGGCUCACACGGGUCCUGUAACUCCUUGGUUGAAUCGCUGUUCUAAAUGCAAGAAGGAAAAAUGCCUCCAAGUGCAUAGAGUGAAAGGACGUUCAGUACUUGACUGACCAGUACAACUUUGGGACGUUGCGUGGGUUUGUCCAGCAAUUUUCUUAUCUGGCUCUGAGAACUAUGGGCCUCAGUCCCAUAAUCUGUGGAAUAAUCCUACAAAAUUUCUGGCACGUGAGAGGUUGAAGAGGAGAGCAUGUCGCUAAGUGCCUUGCUGGCACCGCACUCCCUUCAGAGACCUGCUCUUUGCCAUACCUUGCUGUCACCUUUUUUUAACAGUGUAGCCUUGCAAUAACAGAGUAUGCCCAGGGAGAGCUGUUCAGCACACCAGUUUAUGAUUAGCACUUGCAGAUAUUUUGUGUUCGUGCCUAGUAUUGGCUCAUGAUGAAGCACAACAGCUUUCGUUGCUCUACUACUGAACAUCAUACGUCAAACUUAAGUCCCAAUUCAGCUAGACUGCUUUUAAUCGGAGCCUUUGUUUCAAACCUGAUUGGUUUGGGGUUCACCACUUAACAUGUGCAUACCUUCAAAAGUGCUCAUAAAAAGCUCUUUCUAUGAAAAUGGUUCGCGGAUGUGUUGUGAAUGUAAGCACCAGUCUAAUUGCCGGGGGCCUGGGACUGAAAGCUGCAGAGACCAGCCUUAAACAAAAGUGGAAACUCCUUUCAUUGUGUAAGAUGAGCAAAAUGCAAAGAAUAAAUUAUGUAAAUGGCAA